AACACGGCUGCACUCAAGUGCAAAUGUAAAUCCUCUGUUAUCUGAGGACUAUACCUCAUUAAGGACGCACCGGGAUACUCCUUUAAUUCUGCCAACUGCACAAUAUUAAAUGUCUAAUUUAAUCUGCUGGCUUUCUUCUGCAGAGGGAUGCUGUAGUGUCUGAUUUGUAUAGCGGAGAGUGAGCUCACCAUAUGCACUGAUCACAGGAUGCAAUGUGCCACUCUAACGUCCACAUGAAAGCUGCGGCUCCACUCCACUCCACAGCAAGGAAGCCUGAGGAUUGAUGACUUUAUCUGGGAGCGGGAACUGGCUUCUCCUGCGGCGCAUAAAUCUCUAACUUGCAGAAUCCCGAGUGUCAUUUUUGUGGAGGAACAUUUUGGUGCAGGGGAGCCAGAGGAUACUACUACUGCUGCUUGCAUUUGCACAAAGAAGCGUUCAGCGCGUCCGGUUGGAUUUUAAGCUGCAGUCCACUUCCCAACCAACUGCAUUGGCACAACUGUGUGAGAAAAUGUAUCCAUCAUGAAACAAUGCGCCGGCAGCUUUUCUUAUGAACUCUUCCAGUGGAUCUGCAGACUCCCUUCCACAAGUGGAGCGUUUUUCUGCCUUUCCGCUCAAAAAUCACUUCACAAGUACAAUGGGACAACGUGGUGGGCUAAGUGGAGGGAAUGUUGCCUAUAGAAGUGUAGUGAGAGUGCAGGGCAGUGACUUUCAGAGGACAACUGCAGACGAGUGAAUGCCGUCUCCGAUGUGGAGCUUGUCGCUGUCCGACGCGCGCGUGGUGCUGAAAUUUGGAUGAUGCCUGGCCAGCGACUGCAAGGCUGCCGCUCCCUGCACCUCAACGAGGACAACGGCCGCUUCGUGCUGCUCGCCGUCCUCAUCAUACUGUACCUGCUGUGCGGCGCUGCGGUCUUCUCGGCCAUAGAGAGGCCCUCGGAGCUGCGGGCUCACGGCCGCUGGAACGGGACGCUCCACAACUUCAGUGAGACCUUCAACAUCAGCCUGCAGGACCUCAACUCCUUCCUGCGGGAGUACGAGGCUGCCAUCGCCGCCGGGAUCCGGGCUGAUGCUCUGAGGCCACGAUGGGAUUUUACAGGGGCUUUUUAUUUUGUUGGAACUGUGGUGUCGACUAUAGGUUUUGGGAUGACAACGCCCGUGACAGUUGCAGGCAAGGUGUUCCUGAUUUUUUAUGGGCUUCUGGGCUGUGCUGCCACCAUCCUUUUCUUUAACCUCUUCCUGGAGCGCAUCAUCACUCUGCUGGCCGUGGUGAUGAAGGCCGUGAGAGAGCGACGAAUCAGGAACAGUGGUCUACUCCCUCCAGGCAUCCGCCAUGACUUCUCAGCAUACUCCCUCCCCGGCUGGAAGCCCUCGGUGUACCAUGUGAUGCUGAUUCUUGGCCUGUCAGCCAUCACUAUCUCCUGCUGCGCGUCAGCCAUGUACACCCCCGUGGAGGGCUGGGCGUACUUAGACUCCCUCUACUUCUGCUUUGUCACCUUCAGCACCAUCGGCUUUGGGGAUUAUGUCAGCAGCCAGAGCGCGGCUUACGAAUACCAAAGCCUCUACAGGGUGGCCAACUUCCUCUUCAUGCUAAUGGGAGUGUGCUGCAUCUACUCGCUCUUCAAUGUCAUCUCGAUUGUCAUCAAGCAGGUGCUCAACUGGAUUCUGGAGAAAAUGAGCUGCUUGUUUUGCCAGCGCUGCAAUAAGGCAAGCGCCCUCCUGGGCAGACGCAAUGCCAUCCGCCCGGGCUUUAAAGGUCGCCAGGGUCGGCCUGGCCAGCCGCCAGACUCAGAUGGACCAUGUGAUAGUGAUACCGAGGGGCGCAGACUAUCAGGGGAAAUGAUCUCUAUGAAAGACUUGGCAGCCUCUAACAAGGUGUCGCUGGCCAUCAUGCAGAAGCAGCUGUCUGAGUCGGCCAAUGGAUACCCCAGGACAGUCUGUGGCAGCUCACGCCAUAAUGGUUUCUCUGGGGGGGUUGGCGCCCUCGGUAUCAUGAACAACAGGCUGGCAGAGACGAGUAACUCCAGGUAGAGGACAGAGUGAGACAUGAAAUAUGGGAGCUCUUGAUUGUCAUACUGUGUUACAAACCCUGAGGUGGAUCGCCAUAGAAAAAAUGUCAAGGCUUUUGAGAUGGAUUGCCGGUGUAACUUUGUAUGCAUGACACAUAUGAUUUUUUGGAUACUUUUGGUUGGAAUUACAAGCCUGUGGUGACAAUACAGGUAAUGACAGUGAUGGUUUUGGUGAUGAUUUGAUAUUGAUGGCAUGAAGAGAGAACCACAGUGUCCAAAAAAACAAACAAAACACAAGUUGAUCUGGAAGCAUGGGGAUCACCCAUCACCCAUUACAUUAACCUCAAACCCAACCCAGAACAAAUCACUGAAACGACAGUGUUAGUCUGCAGAGGUCUGCUAUAUAUGCUCAAUAUAUCAGCCUUAUACAGCUGUAAUGUUGUGCUGUAAAGAAGCCAAGGGAAGCAUACAGUGCAGUCUUUCGCCAGUUUAGUUGAAUGUACAUAUUGAAUGCUGAUAUACAAAAGACAAGUGUAAUCACUGAAUGACAUAGCACAUACUGAUCUAUGCAUUAUACUUCUCAUGCAUUUUUUGCACCAUUACUAGACCUUCCAUUGAUUGUGCGAACCCCAUUUCUUUCUUGGCACACGUCAAGUUUUACCCUCAGGUGAUUGAUGUAAUGUCUGGGGGCGAGUGUGUGGGUUUAGCUAAGCAUGGCUGUGAUGUAGCUGAUUUCGACGGGGCUGUAGCGAGGGGCGGUUUUUACAGCGUGCCACACUAACGGGCUGUAAAGAGUAAUUUCCCAUUGCUCGAGAUGGAGAAAAGAGCAGAGUUGAAGAAUGAAAAUCCAUUUCUCGUGAGAGAGGGACUGGCCUCCUUAUCAGCUCAGAAAAUGCUUCAGCGGCCAAAGACUUUGACUUGAAGGGUAAAAGAAGGCACCACCCAACUCUUUCUCUCCCCUCUUUUUCAAGCGCACAGCUGUCUGCGAGGAAAACAAAUGAUAAAGGCUUGCAAUGUAUUAAUUACUCUUUGAAUGCAGAAUGUAGACUUGUGUAUUUAUAAAAACAGAAUAAAUAAGAGGUAAGUUUAUGUUUGUUUGAAGUGAAAUAUAAGGGAGAGGAGGGAGGUGGAGAAGGAGAGUGAAAUAAGGAUGGUUUCAUCCUGUAGGCACAUUACAUUAAAUGAUGCAGAUUGAAAGUAGCCGGGCCAAUCUCAGAUGCUGGAGUGGAUAACAAAACCCUGAAGGAUUCUCUCGCUUACAUUGACUUAUUUUUUGUGGGAAUUUUCUGUUGUUGUCGAGAGAGAUGUCUUGCUAGAUACAUGGCUUUCUCUCUUUGAGAAACAAAGCAUGAUCCAAAAGCCCGCAGAGGCUGAUUUCCCUCGAUUUCAAUGUAAAUGUGUAGCCGAGGUUUAAUGGAUGGAGGGUGUUUGCGGAAGUACGGUGCUACCCUGUCAGGCUGCGCGAUCAAUGUCCUAGUUGCCGGCAACUAUCUCUUCCAGGGCAUCUGUGAUUUAAAGCCGUGUGAUGUGUGUUUGAUGUUCGUAAACAGCGAGACAGAGGAGGAGACGUUGACAGUUAAACUGUCCGGGAGACCGUGAUAAAGGAAGAGAACUGGAGAGAAGGGCUGGUGACAGCAGAGGAGGUAAAGGAGGUGGUGUCAAAUUCAUGCCCAAACCAAAUCAAUGGUCUCUUGCAGCCAAGGGCUCAACUUCUCCUGGCGUCCAUCUUCAAGAUCUAAUAUCCUCCCAGGCCGCUCACCUCUUUUUCUCUGUCAUCUCUGCAUUCACUUCACACACACUGCACCAAAACACUCCUGCCUCCUGUUUCCACAGAUCUCGGCUCUCUCCUCACGCUCAUCACCCUUACACUGUGAAUACGAUGAGACAUGCCAUAAAUGUAUAUAUAUAGUAUAUAGUGUUGGAAUGUCUUAAAAAGCGCUUUCCCAGUAAGGCGUGAAUUGGAUCUGGAUCUAUCCUUCGUUGAUUUUCAUCCUGUCCGUGCAUAGAUCUGAAUAAUUUCCUUUACUCCCCAGUCUCACCGAGAGGAAUAGAGAAAAUGACUCAGGUAGUUAAAUCUUCAGGCUUGUCUUAGUUUUUCCUGCAUGCCAUUAUGGUAAAGCCAUACGAGAUAGCUGUAUAUAAAACAGAGGACUAUUUAAAGUCUAUUUUUCUACAUAUAGCUUUCAAAUAUCUACAUGUGGAUGAGUGAAGAAGUCACUGUCACAUGUCUCUUAGAGUCAGUCAGCAGAUUGAUAAGAUGCACCAUACAGAACUUAACUACCCUCUAAAAACAUGGACACAUGGGUUUCAGAGUGAACACAAGCUUUCCAGAUGUUAAGGAUCAGUUUGAUAUUUUGGGAAGUGCACAUAUCUGUAUUCACUUUCUUGCUGAAAGUUAGAUGAAAAGAUCUCACAUCUGCAAGGUAAAUAUGUAGCUGGAGCCAGUUGUAAAAUGUACAUGAUAAAUUGAACAUGAUAGAUAAUGCAUUAAUUAGUAAGCUAAUUCGUUGUUAACUGCAGAGCCAGGCUAGCUGUUUCCAGUCUUCACCAAGCUUUUUUCACCAGCACCAGUAACCUCCUGGGGUCUCUGCUGGUUACCUUGCAACUGGCAAGAAAUAGCCUUGGCCCCCAUAACACAGUGAACAUGUUAAUUAUGCCUCAUUUCCACUGCAUGGUACUAAAAUUGGGAAAUGCAAUCAUCCAUUGUUGAUGGCUGUUAGUCAUCGACCACUGAGCCCAACAUAGUAAUUUAAAAGCUCAGUCCCAAGUGUCCAGUCCUCAGUCCUGACAAAUGUGCUACUAUAAUGCAUAAAGUUGGCAGUUUGCACAUCAGGUCCGGUUCAGCUGGUUGAUUUAACAUAUUUUUGCAAACAAUAAUGUCAUCGUGCCAUCAGAAUGUUUCACUGUGGACAUCACAUGCCAGUUCAGUUCACACCGCCCAGCCCUACAUGUUAAGGCUUGACUCAACUCAAUCUGACUCGACUCACUUUUUGUUUUCUACUUCCCCCUCGGUAUAGGCCAGAUUUUCAGGUGAUCACCGUGUGAAACAGCCCGUGACAUAAUCUUCAAUGGGACACUUACUGAAUUAUUUCAUUGGCAAACAAAUGUACGAACAUCUGCACUUCGUCAAUUGCACGGCGUAGUGUACAGUAUAGUUUUGCGCACUGCCAUUUUUGGGCCACUAUUGACCAUAGCUUGGCAGUGUCAAAAUGGCGGGUUUGUGCAGGCUGUCCUGUGUCCAAGUUCUGUGUCCCCUAACUAACUAAACUCACUCCUCUUACCUAAACCUCACCAAUCCAACAAACAAAGGCAACUACUGCUAGCCAAUCAAAGGGAGAGUAAGGAGUGUCAUCCCACCAUCCUAGGGACAAAAAAGGCAUCCUAUGUUGUGCAAGUGACGAUAGACUAAUCAAAGUAUCUGGUACCAGGUAUUAUACGCAACCUUUCCUAAUGGAAACCAUAGAAGAGUGACUCGAGUUGAAUAGAGCUGUGUCGUACCAUGCAGUGGAAAUUCGGCAUAAUUAACAUGUUACAUCUUAAUUCACUGUGUGAUGGGUGCUAGGCCAAUGAAAGAAUGAAAGACAGCUUUAAAUUCAGGCUAGCUGUUUCCCUAAUAGUCCAGUCUUUAUUUCAUGCUAAGCUAACCUGCUGUCGACUCAAGUGUCUUGGCUCUGGCCCAAGGUAAUAAAAUCUACCUACCAGCACCUCUAAAGCUCACCAAUUAACACAUUAUACCUUGUUUGUUAGAUUUGUAUGGAAACCAGAGAGACAAUAACUAGGUUGCCGUUCCCUCCCUUUUCCCCCCAGUCUUUCCACGAAGCUAAGAUAACCAGCUGCUGCCUAAUUUACCCUACAAACAUUAGAGAAGUAGCUCUCAGCAAGAAAGCGAAUGUGAACUUUCCAAAGUGUAAAUUUAUUCCUGUAACGGCUCCCACCAUAGUGGCUCAUGAGCAGCAGAGUGAGCUUACUGUAUCUUGGUGAUGUGAUGUGAAGCUUGCAUAUGUUGCCACACUGUUAGCAGUGACACUGUAGACAUAGAAAAGUGUCAGACCUCCGGGACAUCUGAGCAGGAGUAUGGGCAUGCUGUAGCAAAUGACAUAUGAAUUCAGUGGUGUUCCACUGCUGUGAUAUGUCAGGGGGAGAUUUUCCUGGCACUUCUCUGGAAUAAUGAUUUCUGAAUGAUAUUGUAUGUGAACCUUCAUUUUCCCUCUGAGGCCUGGGGUUACAAUAGAAGAGGUUUCUUAGGUUUUUUAAAAGCCCCUGCAGCUGUUGAGGGGCUAGUCAGCUGAAUUGUAUCCUUAACCUUACACCCUUGACAAGGAGCAUGAGUGUAUGUAUGCAUUUGAAUGUCCAAACCAGUGUGUAAAGGACCGAGAAUAAGAAUUAAAGGACUGUGAUAUGUUAUCUUAAAUGCUUCCCUACACGUAAGUCCCCCCAGAAGGUAUUCGAUUUAAUAUAAUAUCCAUUAAAAUGUAUUUUCCUUAAGCCUGAAACACAUCAAGCUUUUAAGACAUUGAAUAUAGUAUUUAGAGUAAUGUUUGCUCACCUAAAAUGCAUGCGUGGCUUGAAAUCAAUUGCCUUACUUUUAGUCCUUGCAUAUUACAAAAAGGUUCCUUAUUGAAAAGAUUAUAGUGUGUAGAGCUUGUGUGUUGUACUAUACAAUCCUUUUGCAUUUUGCAAAAUUGAUCUCCAUUGAUUGCAAUGGUUUUAACUGCCCCGUUGUCCUCUGUGUCUUCUGUAAGAGGAGACAGGUGGUAUUGGGAUUUACUGUAUGUUUGUAUUUGUUAUCAGCAGAAAUGCUUCUUAAAUGUGACAUCACUGACUUUUCUUUCUGGUGUAAUUAAUUCCUCUCAUGUUCCCGUCAAACAUGAAAUUAGACCGAAAUGAUGCAAAAUCAAGCCCACACUUAAGUACAUAAUAUGGGUGAACAUAGCAGACUUGGAUCACAGCGCUGCAUGAUUAAUCUUAAAUUUGUUAAAAUCAACACUGCCAGUGUUUACACAUCUUGUGCAACCAUUGUACUGUAGUCACACUGGAAAAUCUGCCCUGUAGUCAACAGCACUUUGACUGUAAAAUAACCCCAUUAAAAUGUUAUGCUCCGCAGCCAUUUCAAGGCCCAUAAUAAAAUAAUUUGUUGCUAAAUAAGCAGAGACUGGAGAUGCUGUUAGUGUUAAUGUUGAGGGCUGUCGAUGGUGCUAAUGGCAUUAUCAUUUAUUAGGCAAAGCGUCUAUUUCUUUGUGAUCACAGUGUGAUACAUAACACUGUGUUUGCUCCACUUUUCCCUGAAGAAGAAUGCAUGAAUGUCUUUGUACUUCAAGACUGUUAAAGCCGCCUGUUUCAGGAACAAAAUGUAUUUACAUUCAUUUGGCUGGAGCGCAAGCGGUAAACAGCCGAGUGGUUCGGUAACAGAAUGAUGUAUCACUGCUCUGCUUGGCUGCUACUGAUCUUUAACAAGAGUCACAUUGUUGGCUUUGAUCGGGAGCUUGAUUUCCAAAUCCGCAGCAUGUGAGCCUGAUGGUUUUUUAAAAUGAAGACUGAUGGUUUGGAGCCGCAAACUACAUUGAGAUCUCAAUUUUAAAAUCUAUUUCAGGUGCCUGUGAUCCACAGUUAUGUUGACCUUUGGCUCUGUCAUCAUAAGUAUACACCUUGGCGUGUGUCUCAUGUUGCUUGCAUCGUGGUGUAACAUCCAGUUAAUGUAUGCAAAUUCAUUCUGUUUGCAAGUUGCACAUUUAUACCAAUGAUUGUACUUUUAUAUUUAUGUAAUUAAAAGUAAAAUCUAUAUGAAACAAGAAGGGGUUCCAUU